GUGGUCAGUGUCACUCUGCUGUGUGUGAGCCUGGGACGGGGAACAGGUGCCCGAGGUGUCAGUCACAGCCGCGCCGGGGAGAGGGCUCCGGGCACCGGGUGCAGCAUCGCCCAGUAUCGCCCAUUCCUCUCCUCUCUCUCUUCUCCGGAUAAAGGUGGAAGUUGUGCGAAGUGUCAGCGAGAGAAAGUUUCUCCCAUGUAACCGGCUGCCCGGGGGCUCCUGAGCGCAGGGAGAGGACAGGACCCCCCACCUGCCCCCCGAAAUCCAUUCAUCAAGAAAGUGAAGGCCACAGAGCGACAGGUGUCAGGUUUUAAAUGGACGCGUUUCCUCCAGCGUUUUAUUCAGCAGCGAGGAUGAAGUGAAGGUUGGCGUGACGACAGGACGUGGAGGGUCGCGCACGCUGAAAGAAGUGUUUGCACUGACGGAACCUCAGGAAAGCCGAAGAUGGCUGCCAAACGGAAAGGCGGCCUGAAACUAAACGCUAUCUGUGCCAAACUGAGUCAGCAAGUUGUAUCAGAACAGGGGUCAGAUUUAGGAGAUACUGAACCUGGACUUGUGGAAAACACUGAAAGGGAGGGGGAACAAAAACGAGAUGUGGACCCCAAGGAAAGCCUCAGCCUUGAUCAAAGGACUGCAGAGGAAGAUAAGCGACGUAGGGAGGUGAUAGAGAAAUGGGUUAAUGGGGAAUACACAGAUGAGCCUCCUGAAAGGACGAACAAAAUCUGUAAGAAAAUAGGCUUGGCUGAGCUUCCUCCUGAAGGUGUCUACAUGGUCCAGCCUAAGGGGUGCAGCGAUGAUGAAGACAACACUGACGCAUCCAGGGCUUCCCAAGGCAAGAAAUACUUGGAGGAGAGAGAAUCAGAGAAGACCAUCUCCAAGGAUGUAGAAACACCUACAAAACUAACCUCAGGGGCCCCCACAGGAGAAGCGUCCUCGCUCCGGGAUUACGCCGCCAACACGAUGACUGAAUUCCUUGGGAUGUUUGGCUACACACAGCCCAAUGUCAGGGAUGAACUUGCUAAGAAAAUCAGCUUUGAGAAAAUGAAUGCUGCUACCUCAGAGCCCAUUUCUGCUGAAGACCCCCUCAGCAAACGAGCCAGGUUCUCUAAAUAUGAGGAGUAUAUCCGCAAGCUAAAAGCUGGAGAGAACCUGACCUGGCCAGCACACGUGGUAAAGACUGAAGAACCCAACUCCAAACCUGUACAGAGCAAAGACAGCGCGUCAGCUAUGCAGCCAGCACAGCAGCCCCUAUCCAUCAGAACCCCCGCGCACGAGGCAGUCAUUGCGCAAGAGCAGAAAACCACCGUCUUGCCUCUCUCCACGGGCAGCAGCUCUCAUAUGCAAGGCCUUAUGUCUCGAGCUUCCAAAUAUGACUUUUUUAUCCAGAAGCUAAAAACUGGAGAGUCGCUGAGGCCACAAAAUGGAAACACUUACAAAAAGCCCUCCAAAUACGACCUGGAGAAUGUCAAAUAUCUGCACCUCUUUAAACCGGGUGAGGGGAACCAGGACAUGGGAGGCUCUAUUGCUUUUAAAACCGGGAAAGUGGGACGUCCUUCAAAGUACGAUGUACGUAAUAUCCAAAAGCUCACUCCAUUGAAAGCAGCAGCUGUGGUCCCCACUAUCUCCCCCGCUCCUCUGACAAGCACUCCGACCACCCCUGUGCCCGCCUCCGAGCAACCAGUAACAUUGCCUUUCAACACUCCAGAGUAUAUCAAAUCAACCUUCUCCAAGACAGACUCCAUCACUACAGGGACAGUCUCCACUGUGAAGAAUGGACUGCCCCCAGACAAGCCCCCAGAAGAUGUAAAUAUUUACCAGAAAUAUAUUGCCAGAUUUUCAGGCAGCCAACACUGUGGCCACAUUCACUGUGCGUAUCAGUACCGAGAGCACUACCACUGCCUGGACCCCGAGUGUAACUAUCAGAGAUUCACCAGUAAACAGGAUGUGAUCCGCCAUUACAAUAUGCACAAGAAGCGCGACAACUCUCUGCAGCAUGGCUUCAUGCGUUUCAGUCCAUUAGACGAUUGCAGUGUUUAUUAUCAUGGCUGCCAUCUAAAUGGGAAAAGCACACACUAUCACUGCAUGCAGGUGGGAUGUAACAAAGUCUACACAAGCACCUCAGACGUUAUGACGCAUGAAAACUUCCAUAAGAAGAAUACUCAGCUGAUUAAUGACGGCUUUCAGCGCUUCCGAGCCACCGAGGACUGUGGCACGGUGGAAUGUCAGUUCUAUGGCCAGAAAACCACGCACUUUCAUUGCAGGCGUCCAGGAUGCAGCUUCACCUUCAAGAACAAGUGUGACAUAGAGAAGCACAAAAGCUACCACAUAAAGGAUGACGCUUAUGCAAAGGAUGGCUUCAAGAAGUUUUACAAAUAUGAGGAAUGCAAAUAUGAGGGAUGUGUGUACAGUAAGGCCACCAACCACUUUCACUGCAUCCGCAGCGGCUGCGGCUUCACAUUCACCUCCACCAGCCAGAUGACCUCACACAAACGCAAACAUGAGAGGCGGCACAUUCGCAGCUCAGGGGUACUCGGCCUCUCGUCUUCCCUCAUGGGGGGAAAGGACAAUGACCUAGAGGAGUCCAGCAAUGAUGAUCUCAUUGACUUCUCUGCUUUGAGUAGCAAGAACUCUAGUCUGAGUGCCUCCCCCACGAGCCAACAGUCUUCCGUAUCCCUGGUCCCCACGGUUUCUGAGACACCUUCUCCACAGACGCUCAAAUCCACCAGCACCAUUCCGCCAACAACAAAGAUCUCCACACUCCUAUCCCAGACAUUGCCCACCAAUAUGCCCUUGGCUUUAGCCUUGUCUAAUUCAACACUCCCUGCUGGAACUGGGACAUAUUUUCCUAUCCUCAGCGGCCGUGGAGGCAACUCCUUGCCAGUUAGUGGCGCUAACAUAAUGCCCAUAGCUGCUCCAGACUCUUCUCCACUCUCUGCUUCUGGGGCCAGCGAUCAGAACAGCACUUCACCAGCUGCUAUAUCCAUUAUGGAAAGGAUUUCUGCGAGUAAGGGGGUAAUCUCGCCCAUGAUGGCACGGUUAGCGGCAGCAGCACUCAAGCAGUCUCUGACACCUGAAGCAGGUGGUGGUCAGGCAUCUGGGCGCCUCAACAUCAAAGUAGAAGCUCCAGAUACAGAGGGAACAAUGCUCCAGAACAGGUCUCAGGAGCACAGCCUGGACCUGAGCCUGAACAGUAAUGAGCCCAAUGGUCCGGACACAAUCCCAGAUCCACUGCUCCAUCCGUGUUUUAUGAAGAAGAUCCCACUCUCCAACUCCACGGGAAGCUUGUUAAGCCUAAAAGCAGACCCUGACAGCAGCGACUCUGGGGCUGGGGAAUCCACUCAUUAUCUUGGCAAGGUGAUGAAGGCACUUGAUCGGGAAAAGCACACAGAGCCCUGGAAGACAUACCUGCGCAGGUUCGAUCCUGCAGAUGUAUGUGAUCAUCAGUGUGAUUUCCUGCACAAGCUGCAUUUUCAUUGUGUGGUGGAGGAAUGCGGUGCCCUGUUCAGCACACAGGAUGGAGCCAUAAAACACGCCAACUUUCACUUCCGGACUGACGUAGGAACAAAAGGCAGCUCGGAAAUUCCUUUUUCAGGAGACUCCAAAAACUCACCGAUGCCAACAUCACCCACAAGCGCAACACCCGGCUGUGAGGUUCCCGCUCCCUGCCCUGCUGUGGUCCCAUCUAACCCCACUCUGCUGGCAUGGAAGCAAUUGGCAUCAUCCAUACCACAAGUCCCCCAAAUACCAGCAUCAGUGCCCAGCUUAGCGUCAUCUCCAAUAGCAACAACCUCUUUGGAGAAUGCUAAACCCCAAGUGAAGCCAGGAUUCCUGCAGUUCCAUGAGAAUGACCCUUGCCUGGCGACUGACUGCAAAUAUGCCAACAAAUUCCAUUUCCAUUGUCUGUUUGGAAACUGUAAAUACGUGUGUAAAACUUCGGGGAAAGCGGAAUCACACUGCCUCGACCACAUCAACCCCAAUAAUAGCCUGGUGAAUGUACGGGACCAGUUUGCAUACUACUCCCUGCAGUGCCUGUGUCCCAAUCAGCACUGCGAGUUUAGGAUGCGUGGACAUUACCACUGUCUGCGGCCCAACUGUUACUUUGUCACGAACAUCACCACUAAGCUCCCGUGGCACGUGAAGAAGCACGAGAAGGCUGAACGGCGAGCGGCCAAUGGCUUCAAGUACUUCACCAAGCGAGAAGAAUGUGGACGAGUGGGCUGCAAAUACAAUCAGGUGAACAGUCACUUUCACUGCAUUCGGGACGGCUGUCAGUUCUCCUUCCUCCUCAAACACCAGAUGACGUCACACGCCCGCAAGCACAUGAGGCGGAUGCUGGGGAAGAACUUCGAUCGGGUACCGGGCCAGGUGGUGUCACACACUUCCAUAAGCAGCAGCACGGCCCCCAGCCCGUCCUCUACAGAGAACCCCUCAUCCUUCCACGCCACAUCCCAAAACAUGAUGGACACUGAGACGGACGAGUGCAUGGACUACACUGGAAUCGGUAGCCCUGGAGGGAUGUCUUCUGAGUCCUCCAACCUUGAUCGCAGCUGCUCCAGCACUCCGGUGGGCAAUGAAAGUACGGAUACAGGCUGCCUGGUUCCUUCUGACGACGCACUCACCCACAAUGCACCUCCAGCAGCGGCUAUGCUUCAUGCUGCUUCCUUUCCUCCCGCCCUGGUCAGGCCUCCCCUCUCUUCCCUCCCGUACCUGCUCUCUCCAUCCUGUGUCUCAUACUCCCUGAUCACUGCCAGCCUGGGGCUCAGCAGAGGCAUUGUGGUGCCAACAAGCAGCGCUCCAACUUUCACACCCGUUAUAGCCACUCCAGCUCCCGUCAAAAGUGAUGUCCCACUAGUACAAGACGCAGCAGGAAACACCAUUACUAUGCCAACAGCUUCGGGAGCCAAAAAGCGAUUCUGGAUCAUUGAGGAUAUGUCCCCAUUUGGUAAACGGCGCAAGACAGCUUCUUCACGCAAGAUGCUGGAUGAAGGGAUGAUGUUGGAAGGAUUCAGACGCUACGACCUGUAUGAAGACUGUAAGGAUGCGGCGUGCCAGUUCUCCCUGAAGGUCACUCACUACCACUGUACUAGAGAGAACUGUGGCUACAAGUUCUGUGGGAGAACCCACAUGUAUAAGCAUGCCCAGCACCACGACAGAGUGGACAAUCUCGUUCUGGACGACUUUAAGCGCUUCAAGUCCUCUCUCAGCUGCAACUUUCCCGACUGUCAGUUUUCCGGCAAUAGCACACACUUUCAUUGCCUGCGUUGUGGCUUCCGCUGCACUGACAGCACAAAAGUGACUGCUCACCGUAAACACCACGGCAAGCAAGACGUAAUCAGUGCCGCCGGAUUCUGCCAGUUUAGCUCCAGUGUUGAUUGUGAAGUGCCCGAGUGCAAGUACAAACUGAAGUGCUCGCAUUUCCACUGCACUUAUCCAGGCUGCAAGCACACUGUAGUAGGAAUGUCUCAAAUGGACUCGCACAAACGCAAGCAUGAAAAGCAGGAGAGAGGGGAACUACCCUCUGUUUCCCCCGGCCCAGAGGGCUCCACACAGUGUGGUGUCGAGUAUGACCUCCGUAAUGCACCAGUGAACUUAGACAGCUCCCUGAAUCUGAGCACAGACACUCACAACUCCCUCCUAUUCCUACAAAACGCUGCCGGAGUGGGCCUGAACGACUCUCUGGACCUCAGCAAGAAGCCGCAGGAUGGGGCCUACCCUGGUCCCAGGGAAAACACUCAGACUGCCCAUCCUGAUUGUGACUUGUCUCAGGAUGAGGAAGACGAUGAUGAUGAUGAAGAUGAUGAUGAGGAGGAGGAGGAUGAAGAAAUGAAUGACGAUGAGGAGGAGGAUCUGAACACAGAUUCAGAGGAUUCUUUGCCUGAGGGUGAAUGUUUACCUAGAAAAGGAAACAAAGAAAGUACCGGCGAUUCUACAAACCACUGUGAUACCUCCCAAACUCCGCUCAACCUCCACUCAUCCCCUUAAAUACACUUAAAACUUUGAAUGUUUUAUAAGCCACCCCUUUGAGGGCCCUGCUCCCUCCACCCAUAAAAACACAAAGAACAAGUGAAGGAAUAGGAACCUUUAAAAAAAAAUAAGCAGCUAAAUGUUUUCUGCAACAAUGGACUCAACCAAGUCAUCAGUAGGUAGAACUCAAGGGGACAUUUGUAUUUGCUGUCGUCCUCCAUUAUAAUUUAUUCAUACUGGUGCUUGAGAGCAGCAGGACAAAGAACAUUUGUUUCUGACUCCUUGUGACAUGAAGUCCUUCUAUUGGCCCUUGAUCGGUUGGGGUACGUGUUACUCCUCCUCUUCCAUCAGACUGGCUGGGUUUGUGGGUAUUUAUUGACUAGCAUUAUCGGGCGCCCUGCAAUGAGGCUCUCUCUCCUGUUCUUCCAGUUUCUCUCUGGGCUGUUCCCGGGAAGCUAUUGUUUUAUUUUAUAAAUAUUUAUAUAGAAAGCUUUUCUCUGCACCAAUUGCUCUGGUUUAUUUAUUUUGGCAUUGUUCUGGUGUAAUGAUGUAAGUAGCCAGGACAACCUCACAAGUCUAUGGGGAUGCCUUCUGCCCUAUAGGAAAUGCUGGUCCUGCAGCGGUGUGUGGGAGAGUGGGGGUGGUGUGUGUUGCUAGAGGUGGACUUCCUGUAGCACCUUCUGAAGAACGCUCCAUAUAGGAAACAAUUAUUGCUCAGGGGCCAGUGAGGCCACAGCUCUCUUGCACUGUCUAGCCCAGUUUAGAGACCUCUAUGACUAAAGCAGGUGACUGUGCAUUAGAAAGCCAAUGCUAUAGGAACGGUUAGGUCACACCACAGACCAACAAGCACAGGAUGUCCUCUCUCAGGUAGAAAACUAUUUCAUGAAGAACUCCUUUAUUAGGGCAUGUUCAGAUGGAUUGUUUUAAAUGUAACAUUUUCUACUCUGUGUAGGAGAAAUAAGCUAAACGACAAUGAUUCUCUCCUCUUAGUAGUAUUGGUCACUAGAUGGGGGGGGGGUGAAUUAGCCUCUUAUUAUCUUCAGCCAAGUCAAGUUUUCUGCCCAAGGACUGAGGUGCUCGAGUGUUAAUUUGUUCAUGAAUCUGCUGUAAAAGUGGCAUUCAAAGCAAAUACAGGCCAGCUUCCAUCCUUCCCCACCAACAGGCGCAGAUCAUGAGUCCAACCCACCCCACUAACUCCUAGAUACACUAUUUAUUUACCCUUACAAAGGAAACGACUAGACGGGGAGGAAAACCUCAAGUGUUUGCAAUGAAUGGUGUCAGAGCAAAAAUUCAUUCUGAUUUAAGAAGAAAAAAAUGUACAGUAUUUUUUCUGUAAAGAUUAUAUAAAGAACAACAAAAAAAAACUAAAAAAAAAAAAAAGAAACCCCUGAAAAUAAUCUUGCAGAAUGGGGCUGAGCACGGGCCUGUGCGUCAGCGGGCACAAAGCUCAGCCCCAGUCUACGCGCUAACCCUCUUCUUUUGGUUUUUAGCUUCUGAUUUCUUGAAGUCCUGAAGUUUGACUUCACUUUAGCACUGAAAUGCGUGAUUCCGACUUUUAACUUGAAUUUUAUAGAAAACAAAAGAACGUAAUGUUCAGAAUAAUGUGGAGGAUUGUAAUCUUCGGAUCGUUAAUAUACGUUUUUAGUUAUAUAUUUAAUUUUGUGGGUUUCUCCCUCAAUCAGUUACAUGUGUGCUCUUUUUUUUAAUCUUAUUUGUGAGAUGAGUCUGGGAAAUAAAUGCCUCUCGAACCUUUUUGGCAGCUGAGGUGACCAAUAAUAUAUUGUUAGAAUAUAGUGCAGCGUCACAGGCGCCAGAGUUUCAUGGUAUGAACACAGGAAAAUCUGUCUGUAUGACAUACGCCAGCACAGAUGUCUCAGCCUCCUCUGUGACGGGCUGAGUUAUUUAUUUUUUGUGUAUCUCCUUCGCAUGUAAGUAGUAAUUGGACCUACAAAAGCAUCAGGGAUGGGAGGUUCUAUCCGAAACGCAGCUACUGAAGACACUACAAUCUCUAAAACCGUACACUUUAUAGCACCCUAAUGGAAAAAAAAAAUAUUAUAUCCAAUGAAGCAAAAAAAGAGACUAAAUUAAAUAAAAUAAAAAAAAGAUAUGAAGAAAGGAUCAGAUUGGUGGUUUCCCUAAUCCUGACUUGAUAUUGCACAGUAGGACGUAAGCCAUUUCCAACUCAUCUGCAAAAUUUAAUGUGUCAUUUUCUCUUGUAACAUUUUCUGUGGAAACAAAACUAAGGUCAAUUUGGCUAAUUACAGUUUACUAUCUAUAUCUGAAUACUGUGUCCGUGUACUGAUAUAGGUAUAAGCACGUGUACAUCUGUAUAUAAUGGUGUAUGUUUCAUAUAUAUAUAUAUCUAUAUAUACAUAUAAAUAAUGUAUAUAUGUAUUACAUACAAAUAUAUACUUUUAAGAUUAUUAAGAAGCCAGGUAAAAAUGAGUUCUUCUAAAUACUUGAAUUGGACUUCCCCGCAUUAAGAACUGAAUUUUUCCACUUGAAUUUAGUGCUGUUAGAAAUUUAAUAUAUGUGCUUAUUUAUUUUUAUUUUUUUUAAUUUUAUUUUAUUAUUAUUAUUUUUUUUUUUUUUUUUUGCAUGACUGAUGCAAGGUUUGACAUUUUCACUCAAUAAAAACUGGAAAAAAAUGAGA